AUGUUAAGCAAAAAAGAAAUUCAAGAAUUGAUUGAUAAGGAGAAUUCAUCAUUGAAAAUUGUAAAACCGACAAUAACACCAAAGUCCUCAUCUGUAUGGAUUAGUUUUUGUUAUAUUUACGUAAACGACAUUAAACAAGAAUAUGUUAUUUGUAACAAAUGUGAAGAUUUAUUCGUUUACAAACAUUCUUACGGAACAAAUUCGUUAUCUAAGCAUGUUAAACAUUGUCAUAAUAUGAAGCCCACAUCUAUCAAUACUCAAUCAUCAAUUAAACAAUUUUACAAAUCAUCGAAAAACGAACCUGUUAUUCCGAAUCGAAUUAGACAAGAAAUCAAAACGGCUUGUACUGAAUUCGCUGUGCUUGAUUGUCGACCAUUCAAAACAGUUAAUGAUUUAGGAUUUCAAAAUCUUGCACAAAAGAUUUUCAAUGCUGGUCGUUGCUUGCCCAUGUCACAAGAAGUCAAUGUAAAAAACUUACUUCCACAUUCUUCGACAGUUAGUCGACAUGUUGAUCUUCUAUAUGAUGAAAAACGUGAACAACUAGUUGCUAUUUGUCAGAAAAUGAUGAGUUACACUAUUGUUGUUGAUUUCUGGAAGGAUAAAUAUACAGGUAUUCAUUAUGGUGGUAUUUCACUACAUCAUGUCUCCAAUGAUUGGAAAUUAAAUUGUUUUGUUCUCGAUUGUUAUCCGUAUGAACUGGAAUCCUUUACUGCAAUCAACACAAGAAAAUUCGUAGAGUCGAUUUUGUCUGAAUUCAAUCUUCAAUUAAAUGAUUCCAUUUACGUGGUUAGUGACAAUGAGCCCAAAAUUGUUGCAACUUUUAAAUUGAAAUGCCAACGAGUUGGAUGCUCAGUGCAUUAUAUCAACAAGCAGCUCGAACAUGCUUUAACCAAGAAAGAAAUCGACAAAAUGCCUGUGUCAUGUGGAAUAGUCCAGGAACUAUUCGAUCGAACUGAAACUCUUGUAGCACAUUUGAGAGGAUCAUAUAAACAGACGAAAAUGUCUAAACGUGUUCAAACAUAUUCAGAAACUCGAUUUAAUGGUGCCUUUCAUAUGUUAAAUAUCUUCCUACAAAUAUUUGAUGAAUUAUUUAUUAUUUUGGAUGAUUCUCAUUUGAAUGAAUUUUUAACAAUGGAUCGAGAUUUGUUAGAAGAAAUAUGUUCGUUUUUGAAAAUAUUCGAUCAAGCUAUUGAAGAACUUAGCGAAGAUAAACACCAACGAUAUUCAAAGUUCUUCCACUUCGGCGACGUCUUUUGA